AUGGAAGCAGGAGGAGGCCCUUCUCCAGGCCAAAGAAGAGUUAAGUUUGUGGAGAUGCAAGCCCACUCACAGAAACUCCGGUUUCUGAAGUUGCUUGCCGUCCUGUGCGUGUGCUGCUUCAUGUUUUUCUUUGAGGGCUUCAAAUCCUUUUACUUUAGUCCAAACGGAGAGCUGGUGGAGACUAGGGAGGAGUUUGAUGUAGAUGAUCUGUCUGUGGACCCAACCACAAAGAGGGUCCAGGCCAUCAACAUGAGCAGCCUCGACAGGAACCUCAACUUUUUGGCUCGAACGGACGUGCCAACGCAGACCCCCUGGAAGGCUCCCAUCAUGUGGGAGGGAAUGUUUGAUGGAACGCUUUACGACAAGGCACACCUAGAAGCUAACUCCUCUGUGGCUCUCACUGUCUUUGCUAUCGGCAGGUACUUGGAAGCCUACUUGAAAAACUUCAUCAUAUCCGCAGAGAAACACUUCAUGAUUGGGAUACCAGUAACUUACUACAUAUUCACUGACAUUCCUGAAGACAUCCCUGAUUUCGUACUGGGCCCUGAACGGACCAUGAAAGUCCUGUAUGUACCACGCCACGCCCGAUGGCAAGACAUCUCUAUGAUGCGAAUGAAAACAUUAUCCAAAAUCAUCGACUUGGAGAUCAGCUACACCUACCCUUACAUCUUCUGCUUGGACGUGGACAGCAUUUUUGAGAACAGAUUUGGAACAGAGGCGCUGGGCGGGUCCGUGGCGGUUUUGCAUUCUCAUUACUACACUGUCAAACAAGACGAAUUCACAUACGACCGAAACCCGAAGUCUAAAGCUUACAUGAAGACCGGAGACUACUACUACCAUGCGGCGCUGUUUGGCGGUACAUGGCAAAAUGUUAAAGUGCUGGUGGAUUUCUGCUACAACGGGAUCAUGGAAGAUAAGAAGAACAAUGUGGAGGCACUAUGGCAUGACGAAAGCCAUUUGAACAAGUACUACUGGCUUCAUAAACCAACUAAGCUGCUGUCUCCUGAAUACUGCUGGGAUGUGAUCUCCUUCAUAAAUAGAACCGAAAUCAAAGUUGCGCGAAUGACCUGGGCCAAGAAACGGUACGAUGUUUUGCGAGCAUAA